GCACGUGCUCCAUUUGGACCUCAACAGCGUUCGCCACGGUUACUCCCAACUCGAUGGCCGACCCACUCGUUCAAGAGGCUGCAGCUUCGCAGAGGCCUACAGCGGCCGCGACGCCCACGCUCCCAGGGUGACGUUCUCAUAGGAGGCGCGAGGGACUGGCGCCAUUUACUGAGGCAUCUUGGCCGGCCAGCCAAUCAUGGGAGCGCAGGACACCCACGGGAUCCCUCUCCCAGCGCUGCGACACGAAAGAGCCCACGCGACACCCCAAUGCUGAUAAUGCACGCCAUACAUUGUCUCUGUCGUUCCUUUAUCCCCUCUUUGUCGCUCUCUGACUUAUUCUACGCGCGGGACACAGGCUGAAGACGUUCUAUGAGCGCCUUUACUCCCAUCAUGCCUCGCCCAAACCUCCCUCCGACUCCCCAGCCGUCGACAGACAUCACCGGCAAGAGCAGCGCCAAUGCCCCUCAAUUGGAGACGAGCUUCAACUUGCCACCUGCAGCACUGGGUGGCAGAGGAAGUGUAGCUAGCUCUUCUGGUAAAUCCGAAAAUGCCUCAGAUUCGUCCUACCGGCCGCCUUCCCCGUCGUCCCCAGUCGCGACUUCCAAGCCCGGUCAUGCGCGCAAACGCUCCCAGCAGAGCAUCAUCACCAGGGACGACUAUUCUCUCCCGCCUCCGCCUACCCGAUCACGUAAGAUCAUUCAGAUGAAGCCUAAGGAUACCCAAGAAACGCCCAAGACCUCGUCUAAAAUACAGGAUGCGAAGACCACGACCGCUGCCACUAAUGGUACCAAAAGGAAGCAGGCGGGUAACGCCACUGCUGCAGGUCGUAAAAUUGCAAGGAAGACGGCACACAGUCUGAUCGAGCGGAGGAGAAGGUCCAAGAUGAACGAGGAGUUUGGGGUACUCAAGGACAUGAUUCCGGCGUGUAGAGGACAAGAGAUGCAUAAGCUGGCCAUUCUACAGGCAUCCAUCGAGUACAUGCGAUACCUCGAGCACUGCGUCUCCGACCUCAAGACCGCCAAUUCCCGCCGCGACUCCCCAUCAUCUGCUACCUCCGAGCUCCCUCCACCGCCAGUCAGACGCAUGCACGACGACGACGAAGACGAAGAGCAAGACGAAGAGAUGGAAGACGCCGUAUCACCCACCUACGUCGAGCCGCCACCCGCCCAAUCCAAAUACACCUUCGCCCAAGCCUCGCCUGCCAUCUACCCCUCCGACCGAAGCGUAUACACCCACUCAACUACCACAUCCCCAGCCAUCAUGCCCCACGAUCGCAACGGGCACUACUCGGCGAACCCCUCCCCCGCGUUGCGCCCGUCCGACCCACACCAUUACUCGCUCGGGCCAGCCUCAGUCCGCUCCACAGUAACUUCGCCUUCGAUCCACCCUUCGCCUGCUUUCAGCGCUCACACACCAUCUGCAACCCACUUCAGCAACCCCUUCCACAACGGCCCUCCUAGCACAGGUCCUGUAGCUGCUCCUGGUUCAUCGCAUGGCUCCGUCCAUUUCGCGUUGACGUCACCGGCGCUGAAACCACAGGCUGAUCGUGAGGACCAGGAAGCUACGGAGGCUUUGAUGAUGUUGAAUACCGACCGUCGUAGCUGGAGUGGUGCUAGGGGUAUGAGUGUGAAGGACCUUCUUAGUGGAUAGGUCGCAUGUACGAGACGUAUGACGAACGCUGUGGCGUUCAAUGGGGCUAGUAAAAAUGGGUACUGGGUGGAUGUCUGUUUACUGUUUUGGCGCUGGUGGCUUUUCUGAUGUUUAGCUUCUUGGAGCUAUGUUCUCAUGCUUUAGGUAGACUUUUCAUAUGUUUAUGUCUUCUGGGCGGACGAAGGGAGGUUAAUGGUGCGGACGACUCGUUUCACGUACGACAAAAGUUGAUGCAGCAUACCUCGAUGAACAUACACACGAAAGAUGACUGACAUGUUUCCCUACAUGUUUCUACUCCUCAUUCGUUGUGCAUGAUGAGCAAACAUGACAGUCUUGCUACCAUGUCUUUUCAUUGUGAGUGAACCAUAUUCACCAAUAACAUGAUCGGAACCUGACAUCCCCACCAACAUC